GUUUGUUCGUUCAAUGGCCAGUAAAUCAUGAAGUCGCAAAUAUCCUUGGCGAGCUGAAUCUUCUCGUGUCCCUUUGUUACCUUCAAUUGUUUCGAAGUGCUAACCAAGGCUUCCUAAAGAAGACAUCUUUUUACUUCUGCUCAUUCUAACGAUGCUUCUCAUCCGGUACACACUUGUGUUGGCGACGGCAAUUGUCGGCAGCGCGUUUGCUUGGUUCGGACCUUUAGCGCCAUUCGAUGACUAUGGAAAGCUUUAUGAACUUGGCCUAAGUGGUGGAACGUACUACGGAUACCAGUAUGUCCCCCGACAUCCUGGUCAUGCUAAUGUGCCAGCAAAACGUGCUGAUCUUAAUGUAUCCAUAGCUGUAAAGAAGCCACCUAUCGUUCGACAGGCUGCUCCAUUUCUUCACGGACAAGGCAAGGGUCAAUUCAAUGUUGUUUCACGCGCCUUCGAAAGUACGGAUGCACGUAAACUUUCCAAGCCUUUCCUUACGCCCGUAACUCGCAACAAUAAUGGAUACGCCUAUCACAGAGUCCCAUUAGCCCUAGUUCAAGGAGGUUUCGUCGGCCACCAUCUUGGCAUACCCGUUGUGCACGGGAUCGUUGAAGCUGGUGUUCCAGUUUCGCUUGCCCCGGGAUUGUAGACACUGAAUCCGAUCUAUGAAAGUUGCACAGGGAAUCUUUCGAACAGCAUACUCUAAUCCGAUAUAGUAUACAAACAGCAUGUGCCUGUUGUAAUGAGAAUAGAGAAAAAAAGAAACAGGAAUGGUUCUUAAAGUAUGCACAAGCUACAAAUCUGAGACUCUUCCGUCGUUUUAUAAUAAUAAUAAUAAUAACAAGUUUAUAGAAGGAACAGACCUUCGUACAUUAAAAAACCACACAUAUUUGAACCAACUUAGAAAGUAGCUUUAGUCGCUGACCUUCUGUUUGCUGUUUUUGGCCAGAUCGGGAAAUGUGUAAGUUAACUUGAAACCUUUAAAACUGUCUCUCGCAAACUAUGGUUUACUGAAAAAUCUUUUUUCCAUUUUGCCGUGACUGUAUCGUUUGUAUUUUAUCGUGACUUUGUUAUCGCACUAGAUGAGUGCACAUUCGCGAUAAGAUAUAAUAUAUAAGUCAUAUGUGAUAUAAUAUAUACGUUACGAAUAAAAUAUUGCUACUACAUUGCGUUGGAUGUGUUAAACGAAAG